AUGCUAACUGUCCCAGAGCUCAAGGCUUUUUUUGGAUUGCGACUUCAAAUGGAGCAGUGCAUAAAACCAAGGUACGAAGACUACUGGGCUAGUUCCAGCAAAUCCUUUGUUUCUGAAACGCCUGGUUUCCGCAGUGUCAUGCAGAGAGAUCGCUUUCUGUCUAUAUGGACACAUCUUCAUUUUGUUAAUGAGCUGAAUCCUACUGUAGAUAAAACAGACAAAAUCUACAAAGUUAGACCAAUGCUGGACAUGCUGCUUACAAAAUGUCCACACUUUUAUUCACCAUCCCAAUGUCACAGCUUGGAAGAAGGAAUGAUUCCUUGCAAAGGCCGACUUGCUAUAAAGCAGUACAUAAAAUCAAAACUCAUCAAAUGGGGAAUCAAAGCCUAUAUGGCUUGUGACUCAAACACAGGUUAUAUAAUGAACUUGGAAAUUUACACCGGCAAAACUGACAAUGUCAUUCCAGAGCUUGGUUUCGUUGGCAGCGUUGUUGUACGACUUUUAGCAACAGGCCACUUGACAAAUAAAAACCAUAUUGUAUAUAUGGACAGGUUCUACAACAGUGUCCCACUGUUUGACACUUUAUUCAAUGUUUAUGGAACAUUUGCUGUUGGAACUGCUAUGACAAAUAGAAAAUUUUACCCCAAAGAACUGACAAAGAUGAAGAAAAUGCAGAGAGGUCAGUCUGAAUUUAUCUGUCAUGGAAAUAUUACAUGCCUAGUUUGGAUGGACCAAAGACCCAUUCAUUUUAUUUCUUCAUAUCACAAUCCAACACACAAGGGCGGCACCCAUAAAAGAAGAAAUAAGGAUGGGACAACUGUGGAUGUGCCAACACCACAGCUCUGCAUUGACUACACCAAAUACAUGAGUGGUUGUGAUGUUAACGACUAG